UUUGUGGAGAAUGCAAUUACUUAUUUCUUCAAGAUGUUGAGUAAUCAAACAUUUGAAAACAUUAGUUAUUUAUGUGCAAGUGCAAAUACAUUUCAAUCCGUCAUUACAGAUAUUCAUCAGUUUAUUUUAAAUAGCAAAAGGCAAGGAUCAUGUGCAUUCAAUCUAAAGUGCGUUAAUCAACCUUCCAAAUUCCAUUCCACUAAAUUUGCAUGCAAUACAUUUCCAUUUAACUGAUGCAGUAACCUAUGUAUCCUUGACUCUGAUAACGAAUGUAGUUUCUGCACAUUUAAUGGCACCAUCAAUCUUGAUUAAUCGAAGCAAACAAUGGGCUUAUUUUUGGACAGGGACUUAUGCUAAACAUUGUAAUGCGAAUAAGUUAACGAGCUCAUUUUACGCAAUCAUUAAAAUUUAAAAAUCUCUCAUGCAUUUCCUGAUUUCUCCAGCCCAGCACACACACCUUCCUUAACACCAACUAACCAAACACUCAUUAUCUGAUUAUUAGUUUUAUGUAUCAUUUUACUGGACUUUACUCAAUCACUAAAAAAUCCAACUAAAAAUGCAAACUUCUUCCUGACCGUGACACUGAACUUGUCGAAGCAAUCUAGCGGCCAAGCGUUCAUCUAACGUUUCCAAAAAGCUAGCGAGCUGGCUGUUGCUUCUCACUCGCAGAAUGAAAAGUUGACUUCUUUAUCUCUAUGAAAAUAGAAACCCUUUAUUUCUCCGUUUCCGUAAGCAAGCAAGCGUAUGAUGGGAUCUUUUUUGGUGGCUAAAAUAAAAAGCGAGUUCGAAGCAGCUUAUUUGGAACAACAUAGUCCAAUCCAAUAUAUACACAGGUUGGCAACUGAAUUGGAUGGAGAAUUAAAGUGUCCAGUUAAACAUCUUCCCAUUUUUGAUAGUUUAUUCACUCCCUCAUAAAGCGUGUAUUGAAAUGUUUCUCCAUAAUAAUAAUAACUGGUGCUCCUUUUUCUUCUUCUCGUCCAUCAUAUCUCCAUCGAUUCUUUUAUUGAUCCGACCAGCAACAUAACACUUGUUUACAUAUUAAAGCCAUACAAGUACUCACUCAUUCCCAGCCAUCAUCAUUCUUUUACUCGUAAUCUUACUAAUUUCAUAAAUAAUAAUUACCAAAGUGGACACACAAUUAAGAUACUCGGCACGUCUACAUAUUUCAAUAUAGGGAACAUUUCCAAGAGAAAGCAUACUAAUUAUUACAUUCAUUACGAGCUAAUUUCUUUUUCUACGACAUCUUGAUACGUUUCUUUGGAAUGGGGACCACGUCAUUAGUAAAAUACCCUCGAAAUGUCGCCCGAAAUUUAUUAAAGUGUGAAAUAAAGCUUUAAAAAUAAUAAAUCGACAACUCACUCGUCUAGUCAUAAAAUGUUAUCUCUUUAACAAAUCCAGAAAAUCAUUUUCAUUUUUAUUAUAAUGCAACAGUAAUCUUCCACAAGAGAAAGUAAAAUUUUGAGAUUUUUUACGUAAAACACGUAUCGGGUAAUAAAAUACAAUAUAGGUUUGAAGAAAUUAAUCAACAAUAGUAACAAGGUAUUGUGAGAUAAUCAUACAUAAAAAAUCAAGCAACGUACCAAAAAUGACAAGUGCUAUAUUAAAAUACAACAAGUAGUGCUACUUAAAAUAACAAUGAUUCCUGCAAAGAUUAGCGUGUCGCGAGGUGUUUAUAACGGAAAAGUUUUGUAACAAAUUCAUCGCUGUAAAUUAAAAAUUGUAACGUGUACAACUAGUCAACGUUGGAGGCGACUGGGAUACUUUGCAAAAUUCGGUCUCGCCAUGGACUGUUUCACAACGCGUUUUCGCGACGCUGGGUGACCGGUUUUGUUUUGGGCACAAUCUUCGGAGCAAUUUCCGUCCUCUUUCUUCUCAAUCAAUACACUCUCAGCUCAAAAUUGUCACCGGAGGGAAUGGUAUUCGACUUGUCAUGGCGAGAGGUGCUAAUGGGUCAAGAUUCAAAGGCUCAAAGUGUUAAUGUAAAGUCUGUCGAGGGGGUUUUGACCCUCAAAAAUUCUAGAGGACAAUCCAUCCCCGGUACGGAAAACAUGAAGGGCGAAUCAACAGCGGGAGGAGAAGGAAAUGAUGGGAUUCCAUUGGAAAGUCCCUCAAAAUGCGAAGUGAUUGACGUCGCCAUCGUUUGUGCUGGUCACAAUUCGAGCCGAUCAGUAGUCACUCUCAUAAAAUCUGUCCUCUUCUACCGGAAGAACCCCCUCCAUCUGCAUCUCAUCGUGGAUUCCAAGGCCCACUUGAUUCUGAGGACGUUGUUCAAUACUUGGCACAUUCCACAAAUGGACGUCAGCUUUUAUUUGGCGGACAAUUUGGUGCCUGAGGUGAACUGGGUUCCGAACAAACAUUAUUCGGGGGUCUAUGGGCUGUUAAAAUUAACUUUGCCAAGAGCGCUGCCAUCCUCUCUCGAAAAAGUAAUCGUUCUCGACACGGAUGUUACCUUUGCAACGGACAUUGCACAAUUGUGGACCCUUUUCGCCAAAAUGGGUCCAUCCCAAACGCUGGGACUCGUGGAAAAUCAAAGCGAUUGGUAUUUGGGUAAAUUGUGGAAAAAUCAUCGACCUUGGCCAGCUCUUGGACGUGGCUAUAACACGGGCGUCAUCUUAAUGUCCCUCUCAAAAUUGCGCAAGAUGAAUUGGCCCCACCUUUGGCGAAUGAUUGCAGAACGUGAUCUUGAAACAAUGUUGUCAACCUCAUUAGCGGAUCAGGAUAUUUUUAACGCUGUCAUUACGCAAAAUCCUCAUAUUUUAUUUGAGAUUCCUUGUCAAUGGAAUGUGCAAUUGUCGGAUAACACCCGCAGUGAGUCGUGCUACACAGAAGUUACAGAUCUUAAAAUAAUUCACUGGAAUUCGCCCAAGAAGCUCAGAGUGAAAAAUAAACAUGCCGAGUUUUUUCGCAACCUCCACCUCACAUUUUUAGAGUAUGAUGGAAAUCUGUUGAGACGAGAAUUGUUUGGAUGUACUGCUAAUUACACCGGAGGGGCGGGCACGACUGGUUCGCUGCAAGUGGGAGUGGUUCCGACAAAUGUUGAAGAACAGAUAAGUGAAGACGACCAGUGUUACGAGUUCAGGAUCGUUAAGUUUAUCAAGUACCGAACGCACUUAUUCUAUUUGGAUUUCGAGUACGAGUCUGAGGAUGAGGCGGAUGUAACACUAGUCUCACAACUAUCCAUGGACCGGCUUCAAAUGAUUGAGUCGCUGGCGAAUCAUUGGGAAGGUCCCAUCAGCUUAGCCUUGUACAUGUCGGAUACCGAGGCACAACAAUUUCUGAGCUUUGUUCUGAGCUGCGAGCCUCUGGCACAGCGGAAAAACAUUGGAUAUCACAUAGUCUACAAGGAAGGGAGUUUGUAUCCUGUGAAUUUCCUCCGAAAUGUUGCUUUGAGGCAGGUGACAACCCCAUUCGUCUUCCUGAUUGACAUUGACUUUUUGCCCAUGCUCGCUCUCUACCCCUAUCUCAAACGAGUCAUCCCAAAUCUCCGUAUGGACGAGGGGAAUAAAGCACUGGUGGUUCCUGCUUUCGAGUCCCUACGGUAUCGCCUCAACUUCCCCAAGAGCAAGGCUGAACUCUUGAAAAUGCUUGACGUCGGAGACCUCUUCACUUUCCGGUAUCACGUCUGGGCCAAAGGUCAUCUCCCCACCGACUUUACAAAGUGGAGAUCUGCCACCACUCCUUACAGGGUAAAUUGGGAGCCCGACUUUGAACCCUAUCUCGUUCUUCGAAGAGAUGUCCCCGAAUUCGACUUGCGAUUUGCAGGCUUUGGUUGGAACAAAGUUUCUCACAUAAUGGAAUUGGAAGCCCAAGGCUACCAAUUUAUCGUCCUGCCAAACGGCUACAUUGUCCACACGCCACACUCUCCUAGUCUUGAUAUUGCGAAAUAUCGUUCUAAUCCACUUUAUAAACGGUGCUUGGACACUCUUAAGAAAGAGUUUGCAGAUGAUAUUUCUAAAAAAUAUGGCAAGACCUUUGCUCCAGAGAAAUGAUGAGAUUACGAGUACGUAUGCAUGACUCUGAAAUUAUGACGCUUCGACUGACUCCGAUGUAAUGUAUGUAGCAGCAACUUUAUCAAAGGUCCCGCGGGAACUAGCACUUAUUUUAUAAAUCACUUCAUCAAUAAAGUUAUGGAAAAGUCAUCCUAUUACAUAUGUCCGAGAAUAACAUUCCUAAUUAUAAAUCACAAUCUCCCACAGUGAAAACAUGCAACUAAAUUAUCCAUCAUUACAUCUCAACCAAAAUACCUUCCCAACUUUCCUCUCGUCCAUAUCCAAAUAAUUAUAUGAAACUAAUUUGUCAUUGAUUUACCUAUUUUAUGUAUAAAACGAAUGUUAUCCAGUUUUUAUUGAGACUUUUGUACCUUUCAUGAGACAAUAUAAACACCGCAGUACGGAUUUACAUCAGUGUAAUAACGCAUUGUAUAAUAAUGAUAAUUGAUUGGUUUACUUACAAUCAAGUCCUUAUAUGUUGUUAGUUAUAAGGAUUUUGUUUAAAAAGUCAAUCAGAAAUAAAUAAAAAAUGUAGCGAAAAUAAAAAUAUGUAUUUAAAACAA